AUGGCUGCGCAAGCUGUUAACAAGACGGCCCUGCACCCUGGAGGUGUCGAGCCCAAGGUCGAACACACCGAGCUUGAGGAAGAACUUCACGAGCGAGCCCACAUCGACUACGACCGUGUCGCUAUUAUCGCCAACCCUUCAGUACCCGCACUAUACGAAGAUGCUCUGGUGUACGAGACGGGCUCGGCCAUCACCUCCUCUGGCGCUCUAUCAGCAUACUCAGGUGCCAAGACGGGACGGUCGCCUUCGGACAAGCGUAUUGUGAAAGAGGAGGGAUCAGAGAAUGAGAUCUGGUGGGGGCCCGUUAACAAGCCAAUGUCGCCUGAUGUCUGGCGAAUCAACCGAGAACGAGCAGUCGACUACCUGAACACUCGCAACCGCAUCUAUGUCAUCGACGGCUUCGCGGGUUGGGACGAGCGAUACCGAAUCAACGUGCGGGUCGUCUGCGCUCGUGCCUAUCAUGCCCUCUUCAUGCGCAACAUGCUCAUCCGCCCAUCGCGGAAAGAGCUUGAGCACUUCCACCCAGACUAUGUGAUCUAUAACGCUGGUGCCUUCCCGGCCAACAGGUUCACCACCGGCAUGACCUCGUCCACCUCCGUGGCCAUCAACUUUGCGGAGAAGGAGAUGGUCAUCCUCGGAACAGAGUACGCAGGAGAAAUGAAAAAGGGUAUAUUCACCGUUCUAUUCUAUGAGAUGCCUGUCAAGCACAACGUUCUUACCCUUCACUCCUCCGCCAACGAGGGCAAGGACGGCGAUGUCACUGUUUUCUUCGGCCUUUCUGGCACCGGCAAGACUACCCUAUCUGCAGACCACAAGCGUGCACUUAUCGGUGAUGAUGAGCACUGCUGGAGUGACAAGGGCGUCUUCAACAUCGAGGGUGGCUGCUAUGCUAAGUGCAUCGGUUUGUCUGCCGAGAAGGAGCCAGAUAUCUUUAACGCGAUCAAGUUCGGCUCCAUCCUGGAAAACGUCGUCUUCGACCCUACUACCCGCAUUGUCGACUACGAUGAUACCACACUGACCGAGAAUACCCGCUGCGCAUACCCAAUUGAAUACAUCGAAAACACCAAGAUUCCAUGCUUGUCGACUAACCAUCCUUCGAACAUUGUGCUCCUUACUUGCGACGCUCGUGGUGUCUUGCCACCGAUCUCCAAGCUCACCCCCGAGCAGACCAUGUUCCACUUCAUCAGUGGCUACACGUCGAAGAUGGCCGGUACCGAGCAAGGCGUUACUGAGCCCCAAGCAACCUUUUCCUCAUGCUUCGCUCAACCAUUCUUGGCUCUGCACCCGAUGCGCUACGCAAAGAUGCUUGCCGAUAAGAUUCAACACCACAACGCAAACGCAUGGCUUUUGAACACUGGUUGGGUCGGCGCGGGCGCUGCGACUGGUGGCAAACGAUGCCCUUUGAAGUACACUCGUGCCAUUCUCGAUGCGGUCCACAGUGGCGAACUCGCGAAGGCUGAGUACGAAACUUACGACGUAUUCAAUCUGCAUGUACCAAAGGCCUGCAGCGGAGUUCCAGAUGAGAUACUCAAUCCGAAGAAGAGCUGGACGGGAACAACGGACUUCAAGGACGAGGUUAACAAGUUGGGCCAACUAUUCAAUGAGAACUUCAAGAAGUACUCUUCGGAAGCGAACGAGGAGGUGAUAAAGGCUGGCCCACAGGUGGACGGCUGA